GGCGGAAGCUGUCACAUAAACAGAAAACUGGCAUAAAAAAAGAGCACAAACGGCUCCAAUAAACUUCUCAUUUUGCUAUUUAUUAUCUCCGCAUGCAGCAUAUGAGUGCAUGGUGAGUCAUGUCUGCAAGCCAUACAAAGGACUCCAGCUUUUUGGGAGGCAGGAUACCACCAGAAAUCGACUCAUUGUCGAAAAACCUGAAGGAUGUGGACCAAGAGAUGUUCAGAAAAAUACUGAAAGCUGUGGUCAGCGCCCUGGAGGGGAAGGACUGCAGAGAGGUGAUGAAGUCUAUAGCAGAGAGCAGCAUCAUCCCCCAGGAUAGGCUCAGUCACAUCGUAGCUGGGAUGUACAGAGUUUUGUCCGAGGCCAUCCGCAUCCCCACAUCAUCCCUUAAACCGGAGGCCUUCAGAGAAGAUCUCAAAGAACUAAGGAUACCUGAAGACUUUAUCACCGACUUCGCCAGUGUGGUUUUUGGCAACAGGCGUGCAGCUCUAGAUGCGGCAACUUCCCAGAAUGAUCCUCACCUCCCCACAUUAGAAGACUUUAAAUGGAGAGUGGAUGUUGCCAUUUCUACAAGCUCUUUAGCCAGGGCCCUGCAGCCUUCUGUUCUGAUGCAGAUGAAACUAUCGGACGGGAGCUUUCACCGCUUUGAGGUGCCUGUGUCUAAAUUCCAGGAGCUCCGUUAUAACGUGGCUCUGAUUCUCAAAGAGAUGAACGAUCUGGAGAAGAGGAACAUUCUCAAGAUCCAAGAUUGAUAUACAACGCAGGCCGACUAUUUAAUAAAGCUGUCCUCUCUGCUUGUUUUGUAAGAUUUAGCGGAGUUUUGUAAAUUGCAUUGAAUCAUUUUAAUCAUUUCAAAUGUGAUAUUAUGAGAGAUAAUAGUAAUCUGCCUGUCCUGGUGUUAUGAUUUGAUGGUGUUGGCAUCCAACAUACUUAACUGCUGACAGAGUGCAAAAUGAUAACAAUAGUUAGCCAGUUGGCUGCUUUACAGGAGUACCUAAUGGCCAUACUGAAGACAAAAAGACAAGGACUCCCAGCCUGUAUUUCUUUAUAUUGCCUUGUUGUAAACUGUACAUAUUAGCAAUAUUAAAUUCAGUGGUUGAUGGGAGAGUGGAGUCAGCUGAAAAGCCUCCAUUGUGCCAAAAUACAAAUGCAGUCAAGUGAGCACUCAGACACUCUCUUACUAAGUAGCCACUUUACCUGGUCUUGUGUGCUGUUUGAGACUGAACAUUUUGUACACUCACUUCUGAAACAUGAGGAUGGAACAAAAGAUGUACUUGUCUUUUGAGUUGUAGCACUGUUGUAUUAAAAAGUCAAAUAGUGUCUUUUCUGUUAUUUUGUACGUUUGCCAUAAUAACCUCAAGAAUGUUUAACUCUUGAACCACAUUUCUUAAAUAAAAUCUGUCCAUUCCUGUA